AGACCCACCAGCAGGGAGGCAACCGCGGACGUCCCCGCCGGGCGCGCCUUUCCAUAGCUUUAAGUCGGUCUUGUCACACUACAAGAAGGACAUUCAAAAGUAGCAGAGAAAAAAGUAGUCAGGGGACGUUUUUUUUUUUUGUUGUUGUUGUUUUUUUCCCCCCACUGUUCUGGACCAUUUUUGAAUAUUGUUUGGACUAUUCUUCAUUCCUCGUGCAGAAUCCGCCUGUAGGAGGCCAUGCCCGACCGCUUUGGAAUAUGGUUUGGAGUAUUUUUUCAUCUCUCGUGCAGAAUCCGCCUGUAGGAGGCCAUGCCCGACCCACCCACAGCUAGGCCCCCCCCCCCGCUGGGCAUGGCCGCGCGCACGCCGGCGGCGCUGCGGCAAUCGCUGGAGGCAGAAGCUCGGCGCCUGAGCGGCCCGCGCUUGAAGCCCCGCGCGCGGGGGCAGCCGCGAGCUGGCUCCGAGGGGCUCGACUCGAAGCCUGCUGACAGCCUGGCAGAAGGCUCGACGGUUUCCGUAUGCGUCAAACGACCGUUCUCUUAUUCGUUGUUUUGCCGAUCGGCGCGGGCCCUCGCCCUCCCCCCCUCCCUUCCCCCCUGGAGCACUGCAGGCCGUGUGUGGCGCCUUCCUCUCCGCGCCCAGGUGGCCCGCGCUGUUUCUGCCGCUCCCUGCCGCCAGGGCUUUCGCCAGGGCCCGCAGCGGCGCCACCCCUGACGGUGCGGGAGCGCGCUCCCCUCCGCGGCGCCGCGCUCGGCUCGCCGCGGGCCGCGACGCGCGCCCGGGGCGC